AUGGUCGUCGUCGUCGUCCAAGCGGCGAUAGCGGCCGCCCCUUUCUCUCUCGGCCCGCUUGCGGUCCUUAAUCGCUCCUUGGAUUUUUGGCGGCGGAUUCUAUGGCAUGCUGCAGCAAACACCUCUCAUGUGUGCGUAUUUGUCUCAGCCUCUCAUUCUCUCACGCGCUACCUCUCCUCUGUAGGGCCAGCUCGUAUGCAAGUGACUCGUGCGCUAAGAACAAAUCCGUUACAGCUUAAUGUGAUGAGCAUUUCCUUGGCUCACUAUACGACACGAAUCCUGGGUUAA